UUUAGUUACAUUCUUAAUUAUGAAAAUAUUCUUGAUUUGCCUUGGGCAUCGGUUAGCAGAAAACUUCCAGCCUGCUCAACAAUCCACUCCCGAGCCAGAAGCUGCUCACCAAACACCCACUUUUGAGCUAGAAGUCACUCACCAUUCACCCACUCCCGCGCAUAAUGCCACAUUGGAAGUUACUCCAACCAAUUCCCCGCAUCUCUCCGACGGUGAUGUGCAUUCUUCUCCACCAUCAGACCAUGUUAUGUUUGACACUAGUGAAGCCGGGGAAAAUGCGGGGGAGAAUGUGGGGCAUCGCAAACACUGUAGACCUGGCAUGGCGACUCCUACAUCAUAUCUUGUAACUGGACCAAGAGUAAAUAAGGGGCUGUGGGUAAACAAGAAAUUUACGCAUUCCGACGAUCACGUCAAAGCUAUCUGGGCUAAAAGAAAGAGAAAGGUAUGUUUAAUUUCAGUUUAAACAAAUGAGAG